UUUAGGGGUCGAACCAAGAUUUAAACUCAGGUUUCUUUACCACAAAUCCAGCGCUCUUUCUUAUAGUGGUUGAUCUCUGGGUCCUGGACCUGACUGUCUCAUUCUGGAGGUGUCCAGACAGCCACGGUUAGUGCCCAAACCUGAGAGGAUGGCUUCAGAUGGAGCAUCUUCACUGUCGGGACCAGAUAUGGCCAUGAAACCUGGUGCCGCCCUGUCUCCUUUCACUGCACUUCCGUUUCCCCAGCCUGCUGCUGGCCCACCAGACCAGCCACCCUGGGAGCCACCUCCACAGCCUCCCAUGCCUUCAGCAUUCUCUCCAGGCGACCCUUUGGUGCUCUCUGCUCUCCCCAGCCCAUUGUUGGUGACAGGGGAUGGGGGCCCUGGCCCCACUGGGGCUGGAGUCAUUGUCAAAGUCAAGACAGAAGGGGGGCCAGCUGAGCCCUCUCAGACUCAGAACUUCAUCCUUACUCAGCCAGCCCUCAGUUGGAUUGCCUCAGGCACUCCCUGCGGGGCCCCUGAGGGUCCUCCCCCUCGAUUCAUGACUGCUUCUAACAUGAAAACCCUUCUGCCCACUAAGGCUGUUGGGGUGAGCCAGGAGGGCCUCCCAGGCCUUCCUGUUCAGGCUCUACCACCAGCUGCCCAACUGGCCCCCAUCGUGCCCCCGGAAAAGGCUUGGCCAGGGCCACACGGGGCAACCGGAGAAGGAGGUCCGUUGGCCGCCCAAUGUAAGCCCUCACUGGGUGACCUCUCCUAUACCUCCAAAGGUGUUUAUGAGAACUUCCGACGCUGGCAGCGCUACAAAGCCUUGGCUCGGAGACACUUAUCUCAAAGUCCUGAUGCAGAAGCCUUUGCCUGCUUUCUUAUCCCAGUGCUUCGCUCCCUGGCCCGGCUGAAGCCUACUAUGACCCUGGAGGAGGGACUGCCAAGGGCUGUGCAGGAGUGGGAGCACACCAGCAACUUCGACCGGCUGAUCUUUUAUGAGAUGGCAGAAAAGUUCAUGGAAUUUGAGGCUGAGGAGGAGAUGCAGAUUCGGAACACACAGCUGACCAGUGGGUCCCAGGGGCUGCCUCCUGCAGCCCCUCUGAAACUCGACCCUUCAGGGCUCCCAGCCCCCGACCUUAACCAGCAGCCAGUGUACAUUCCCAAAAAGGCGGCUUCCAAGGCACGGCCCCCCCGCCGGCGGCAGCGCAAAACGCAGAGGUCUCCGGUCCCUGAGGCCCCCAAGGAGAUCCCACCAGAAGCUGUGAAGGAGUAUGCUGACAUCAUGGAAGGGCUGGUGGGGAGUCAGUUGGCCAUCGGGGAAGCAGAUGGAAAACCGGAAGAGGAAGAAGAGCAGCAGCAGGAGGAGGAAGGGAUGUAUUCGGAUCCAGGCCUCCUGAGCUACCUUGAUGAGCUUUGUUCUCAGGAGGUCUUUGUCUCCAAGGUGGAGGCUGUCAUUCAUCCUCAGUUUCUGGCAGAUCUGCUGUCCCCAGAACGGCAGAGGGAUCCAUUGGCCUUAGUUGAGGAGCUGGAGCAAGAGGAAGGACUCAGCCUUGCCCAGCUGGUCCAGAAGAGACUCCUGGCCUUGGAAGAGGAGGACGCAGAGGCACCUUCUAGCUGCAGUGGAGCUCAAUUGGACUCCAGUCUUUCUGUUUCUGAUGAGGAUGACGAUGGGGGUGGGCGGGUUCGGCCCUCACCUAGGCCUCGGGUGGCUGGGGGCACCAUUCGCCUUGGAAAGGCUGCUUCUCCAGGAAAACGGGUGAGAGAAGUGCAGGGUGGGCAGGAGCGGGCCCUAGAUGGCCCGAGGGGGAUGCGCAGAGACCGGAACCCCGUGCCAUCCCCCAGCAGCUGGGACCUGCAGCUAGAACCCCCAGCUCCACAGGGAACUCGAGUGUCCUUAAAUAUGGAGAAAAGAGGGCCCGGGAAAGUUACAGAUCAAAUACCUCCACAUCAGGAUGACCACCUGGGAGGUGCUAGGUCUCCUGUGCACCCCCUGGUGGCUGACAGAACUUCCGAGACUUUGCCCCUUUGUUGGCAGGAUGGCUCCCAGCCUGAGAUAGUUCCCAGUUUGGAUGUGGGCCUCGAAGAGCUGUCUCCUCUGCAAGGACAGGGGUUAGAAAAGCGGGUCCCGGGGUUGCAGACAGGACAGCAGCUAGGGGGGCUUGGAAUGCUUCCUCAAGGGAAGGAGCUACUAGCAGUGCCCCAGGAAGGCUCUCUGGGAGCCAUGUGGGGAGAUGACAAAAGUCCUCCCGUGGUUCAGAGUUACGAUCAGAACCUUUCCCCUAGAGGAGCUGGUGACAGGGAUGGGGACGGAGCCUCUCUCAGUCCAGGACUUUGGCUGAGCAGUGAGCUGGAUGCCGUAGGCUUGGAGUUGCCCCUACACAUUGAGGAGGUCAUAGAGAACUUCCGCGAUGGGGAAUGUGUCACUGAGCCUCAGGGCGGCUGUCAGGCACUGGGCUCCAGAAGCCACAUUUCUCUGGGUCCUGGAGAAACCACAGCACCUGGGGAUGGGGGGGGCAGUGCCACUCCCUGUGGAGGCACAGAUGGCAUGGCUGCCCUGCAAAAGAUGAACUGCCACAGCCUGCCGGGACCUCUGAGGGCCAACAGCCCAGCCUUAAGACCUAAAGAAAAUAGAGAGCAGAGCCCUGAGGCUACAGGGGAUCCCUGCGAUCUGUGGGCUGAAGGUUGCCCCCCUUUGCUGGAAGGUAGUAUCCGUGCCCCCACGCCGGAGGUUCCCAAAGAAACCCCUCAGCCUGCAUGUCAAGGCAAUAUCCUUGUGCUGGGGACCCAGGGCAUUUCCUCCUUCCCCGAGGCCAGCCUGGAGGCGGGGAGCAGAGGCCAUUCCAUCUCUCCUCUGUUGGAAACCACAGAACAUGUCAACAUACUAGAUAUUAGAGAUGCCUGUGGUCUCCAGUUAGGGGUCAGCGAGGAUACUGACCGGCCAAAUUUGAAUCCUUAUGACCCCCAAGGAGAGGGCAGGGAGGAUACUACUGAUUUAUCCAAGCCCGAAGACCUUGCUCCCUUACCAGGGAAUCAAGAGUCUUAUGUACAUGGGACCCCCCAAUCAACAUCUCCUCACCAGAGCCUUGGAAGCACUUCCUCUAGAUUGGGGGCCAGGGAUGCCUUAGUUCUGAGAGAAACCUCUCCUGUCAGUGAAACAUGCAGCUCAACAGAUGGGGCCAAAGGGAAGGAGAAGCAGCAGGAGGGGGAGGGGGAGGAUGAGGAACUCUCCAGCUUUGCCUACCUCUUGGCUUCUAAACUUAGCCUGUCGCCACCAAGGGCGCCUCCCUUCAGUCUUCACCCUGCCUCAGGCCUGCCCUCAACGGGAGUGCGGGGGGUCCAAAGAGCAUCCCACUCCCUCUCUGCUGAGGCGAGAGGCCUUGGCCAGUCUCCACGUCCUGUUGCCAAGUCUGGGAAGAGAACUCUCAGUGGAGGUCCAGCCCCUGCUGAAAAGAGGCCCCACCAGGGAGCUGACCUUGACAUCUCUGGGGAGAAACCCCUGGCUCUGGGAGUGGUUCGAACCUCACAGCCUCGUAAAAGGCGGCGUGACACUUUUGUUACCGGCCGAAGGAAGAAACGUCGGCGUAGUCAGUAG